ACAUUCAACAUCACUGACAGUGAAUAGCAACUGUCAUAUGUUUCAUUUAAUAAAAUAUGCUGCCUCUACUUAGAAUAAGAUUAUUUACUUGCUUAAAGCAAAAUUUAAAAACAAGUCAGCUUAUAACGAGACAAAUCAGUACCUCCAAACAACUAUUACAAAAUGUGCGGUUUAAGCGUUUUGUGUCACCUGAAAAGGAACGCUUAUAUAAAAUAAAGGACAGAAUUCCUGAGGGUUAUACCAUAAUAUAUCGCGCACCAAUGGAAUACUACAUUAUAGUAAUAAAAGCCGCGUCCACAUUAACUCUUACAGCGCUUUUCGGAUUCAUUUGUUAUGAUCUAGGAAACGAUAAAUCAUCUGGAAAGGAUGAGAAAGAAUAUAUGACUCUAAUGUUAGAUGAAGACGAUUACUGGUAUUUCCUUGCUGGUAUUAUUGCGUUUAACUUUGCUUUACAAUGGUUGACAACAAAGUAUCCACUUCGAAUAUACAGGAAUAAGGACAGCUAUAUUGCAAUGUUUACUUCGCAAAUACCAACCCGAAACGUACAGCAUCAAUUUCAAAGGGCUCGAGCAAAUGGAUCUGGACGUUCAAUCAAUCCUUGGGGGCAUUUAAUGUAUAAAUUAGAUAAUAAAAAUGCUAUAUUAUUAAAUUAUAAUUUUAAAACACCGGCAGACUUCAAUGCAAUGAUGGGACAUCAAUAAAACUAUAAUUGUUUUUUUAAAAAA